AUGUAUUACUACUUAGCAGCAAUUGUUGCAUUUAUUAGCUACUUUCUGUAUAAAUGUUAUAUUUAUCCUUUAUAUUUGUCGCCAUUAAGCAAAAUUCCUGGUCCACCUGUUAAUAAUAUAAUUCUUGGACAUAUUUCCUCUUUAUUAAAAGACCCUAUUAAAAGCUAUUUUCACUUAACAAAACAAUAUGGUGGAAUAUUUAGAUUUCAUGCCUUAUUGAAUAAACCACAUGUAUUAAUUGCCGAUCCAAAACUCGUUAAAACAAUAUUUAUUAGUCGUUCGUAUGAUUUUACGAGGCUUGGUGUUACUAGUCCUAUGACUAAGGAUUUGAUUGGUGAUGGCCUUUUACUUGCUGAAGGUGUUUCUCAUAAACGACAAAGAAAAAUAAUGUCUCCUAUAUUUUCUUUUGCCAAUAUCAAGGAAAUGACUCCAACAUUCGUUCAAGCUGGACAUACAUUAAAAACUAUCUGGAUGAAGGAAAUUGGUAAUAAGAGAGAGGGAAGAAUCACGAUUUCAAAUUCAAUUUCCAAGAUAACAUUGGAUGUUGUUGGCCUUGUUGGCAAGUAUUAG